UGCAAACUCACUUCCUACCAGCGCGGUCAGAGCUCAUCCCCAGCAGCAGCAGCAGCAGCCGCCGCCGCCGCACAGGUCCCCCUGCCUCCCCGGCGCGUCAGCCAGAGGAAACGGCCAGAAACUCGCCCUCCUACAUGAGCACAUGAGAGGCCGAGCUGACUUGAUGCAGUCCGACAAUUUGCUAAAGAUCGCAGAUCAGAUUCAGGCAUCUCGACCUGCGACAACAGGAAACGAGAGACGAGAGCGCCUGUGACAGAAGCGAAACCCGCUCCAUGAAGCUUCCCAGCAUGUUCGCUGGCCGUCCUUGAACUGAGGCGAUGGAGAGCCCCUCGUCCACGGUGAGGCGGCGAGCCUGGAUCAACAGCAGCCGACAGUGGCUCACCCUGGAGGAGCUGGACCCCGAAGGGCCGCAGUGCAAACUCCUGUCUGGCUCCAUAGCGGACGACGAUGUCUUUUCUGACGGAUGCUUCACAGGAAAGAUUGAGAACUGGCUCCUGGGUUGCGGAUCAGAGGCCUGCUCAGAAAAUUCCGGUCAGCUAAGUUUCGAGUCUGUGCUGAAAGCCAACCACUUUGAUGAUGAGCUGAGCCUUGGUGCUGAUGCUUCUGUGUUAAAUGUUGGAGAGUUUACACCAGACGCUGGCCUCACGCGGCAUCCUUCCUCCCAACAAGGCCACAGCAGACUCGCCAGCAGCACCCCGCGUCAGGCACUAUGUCUGCCGUCACUGAACUUGGGCCACAGCAUGGCCUCCAGCUGCCUCUCCUCCUCCACCUGUAAAACUACAUCAAGUGUAUCGGAGGUCCUGCAGUUGUGUUCGGAGGAUGCAGAGGAGACGCUGUACGAGCUGGGCUUCGGCUGCGAUGAGCCACAGGUCACCGUUCGUAUCCCCCCUCGCUUCUUCACCUUCCCCUCUCUGGCUCAGGGCAUCAACUUCCGCCUCUUCCUGGACGCACAGCUACGGCGGAUACGAGAGGAAGACCCCAGCCUCUCUCUCGCUAGUCGUUUCAGACAAGUGCAAGUGCUCACAGCGAUGGCCAACGCUUUCUACUCCCUCUACUCUCACGUGUCCCGCACUCCUCUGCAGAAACUGACUGCACCUGAGUUUUCCUUCUCCUCGUCGCCCGUGGAGAGGAUCGAACGCUUCAGGAGCAGCGUCCGCAGCGAGCCGCGCUCUCCGGUGGAGAGGCUGAAGGACACCGUCUCCAAGAUGUGCCUCUACACGGGUUCUCCUCGCGGGUCAGACUCCACCUCUCCGCAGCCCUCACCCAAAAAAAGAUCCAGCCUCCCUGAUGUUGUGGAUGUAGUCCUGGAGAAAGUCAAGACUGGGGUGACCAAGAAACUGGACUUGAGCGAAUAUAAUUCAUCUGUGGAUGUGAAGCUGGGCAUGGAUGAUGUUCAAUGCUGUGACGGCGGGAAAGAGGAGCAAACAUUGCAGAGCGUGGCGGAGGAUAAUGUGGAUGCUGGUGAAAACGCUGGUAAAGCAGCAGACUGUGACAGCAGGAGUCACGGUGUAAGAACAUCUCUGGCAUUGUCAUUAUCAGGAGAAACUGUGAUAGAAACAGAUCGUCAGUUUCUUUCAUGUCAGCCAGAGAACUCAAAGUGCUCAACUCAAAGUGACACAAGGACCGCUCGUCUGAAACUGGUCGCCAAGGUCGCGUAUGAUCUAAUCUGCCCGCAGAUAGUCGAGAGCGUACACACGGUGCCUUUCUGCACAAGCAGCCCAAAAACAAACACUUCCCCUCCUAUCUGCUCUGAGUCAGAACGUACAGAUCGAUCACGUCCUGGAUCACUUACACAAACUGCCGUCUCUGAGCCUGACAAGGACUCACACGCACAUGCAUCCACGUCACUUCCUGUCCCAGCCUCCAGUGGCGGCUUCGCCCAGUGCUGCAUCACUGUCACUGGCUGGGAAGGCGACGACAUCUCUUCCUGCAACCUCAAUGCACCGGAUUCCAGUCACGCUGCGGCUGUCCCACCUGUCCAGCCGUGCGAGGUGUCAUUUGACGAGGGGACAAGCCGAUAUCUGAAUCCAAUGACGCAUCAGGGCAUGGGGCACGUCUCCACUAACCUGCAACAGGUUAACUCCUUUGAGCUCGAGGAGGUGCACAGUGCAGGAGAGGACGAUUUUGGACAAUCAGAAACUACAGGAACAACAACAACAACAACCUCCCUUUUGUCCAAAAAACAGCAAUACAAAGGUGAAGUGGUCCGGGGCGACAGCAUGCAGUCAGACAGCAGCGGCUACGCGGACGAAGAAUUCAGCCCCUCAUCAAACGUACAUGGCAGAUGAGAGGAAAGCCAGAGCUCCAUGAAAACAGCAGUAACAGACUUGUUUACAUGUGAAACUUUCAGAGGAAGGACACUGAAAAAGCUUUUUUUAUCCCCAUUAAGAAAAAAAUUCUCCCUUUGCUCACACUGAUUACAGAAUAUUGUGAAUAAAUAAAUGUGAAACUGUUCUUAGGUCUUCAUGAAAUACUAUGUGGAGCACAUUUUAUUAGAAUGGAUUACAGCAAGUUAUUAUGACAAUAGUAAAGUUUAUAAAAACGUUUUAUUGGAAACAAAGUCAGUAUCACAUGGAGCUUACAUUGUAGUUCACAGUUUUUCUACAACUGUAUGUCAGCAUUGACUUUAAUGGUGUCAGCACAUAAAAUUCACUAAAAACCAGCAGUUAAGUUCCUUAUUUCAAUAAUCAGAAAAACCAUAUGCAGAUCUGCUUUUUCAGAGAACGAGGCUACAUCAAACACACUUCACUGUAUACCAGCGGGGGUGGAGGUACAGAGACCCGGUCAGCCUGCACUGUGCAAACGACGUUAUCUUUUCAAGUAGUGCAAACUGUUUACCAUCUUCAAUAGUUAUUUCAGAUGAGUGCAAGGCAGAGUACAACCCUGGUUCCACAAAAGCCUGGACGCUGUGUGAAACUCUGUUUACCGACAAAGUGUUUCCGAGCAACUCACCCUUUCCAGGAUGCCCCUUUCAUACCCAAUCAUGAUACUAUCACCUGUUACCAAUCAACCUGUUUACCUGUGGAAUGAUCCAAACAGAUGUGUUUUUGGAGCAGUCCACAACUUUCCAGGUCUUUAUUGCUCCUUGCUUUAACGUGUUGCUGCAUCAAAUUCAGAAUAAGCAGAUAUUUACAACAAUCGAUGAAGCUGAUGAGGUCAAACAUUAAAUAUAUUGUCUUUGUGCUGUUUUCAAUUGAGUACAUGGCAAAAAGGAUUAGAAAGUUAUCACACUCUGUUUUAUUGUUUUAAAUUUUACACAGCGUCCCAACUUUUUUUGGAAUCUGGUUUGUAUCAAAUACAGUAAACUGGAUGGUGACGGAUGCAUACAACGAGACAAAACAAGUACUUGGAGAAUCACCAUCAUCAGUUUUCAAAUAUCAUUACAGGAAUCAGUCACAUUGACAGAAAAUAAUCACAGGGGUUGACAUUAUAAAUGAAACAACACUGGACAUAAAGAGCACAACAUCUGAAGGUCAGAAGUGAGGCUUUGGGAGGUUUCAGUGAUAUUUCAUCCUGAUCAUAAUCUUGUCUUUGUUUUCCACCAAAACCGAUUCAUAGAGCUCCUCAUGCAAAGAAGUAACAGGACAUAAUUUUAAAGCUGUCAUGUUUCACUUUACAAUGUUGUUUGCACAUUCAGGAGUAAAUGGAAUCAAUAAGUAGAUUUUAAAUUUAGCUGUAAUGUAUUUUUUUAAUUAUCCUCACAUUAAAAACACGCACAG